AGGCCAACAAGCAGCAAGCGCGUUCAAGCACAACAGUAGUGGACUCUGUGGUGAGCAGCGAUGCCGGCUCUGGACAUUGUGGUGCUGGACGUCAUCUAUGGGGCUCUGGUGCUAGCUAUCCUCGGCCAAGGCGCACGCAUCAUGUACUACAGACACCGCAAGCUCUCGUUCCAGGUCGGCUUCCUCCUCCUCGCCGGCUGCUGGGCCUCGCUCCGGUUUAUCUUCUUCACCGCCUUCCUCGCACGCUCAGGCAACCUCUCGCAGGCAUUCACCGCCAUCAUCUACUGGGGUCCGCCCAAUUUUGAGUUUGCUACCGUCUCGCUCAUUGUCCUCCACUACGCCAUCAACAUUACCCACGGCCUGCGGAGACAGAACGCACGCGCUAUCGUCCGCAGAUACAAGGUCAUGUACACAGCCGCCAACACGGUGCUGUUUAUCCUUGCCGUGGCAUGGAUCAUCAUCUCACUCACUUCAGAGUUCUCGACAUCUCAACUCCUGACUGGCCGGCUCGUCUUUACCGCCGUCGCCAUGUGCUCGCUUGUCCUGGUUCUUGCCGUCUUCUCGUGGAAGUUCUUCAAGCUCCUCCGCGAUCCAUCGGUUGUGCUCCCGUACCAGCAGCGGAUGUCGGCGUCCAAGGCACACAUGAGCCUCAUGGUUGUUGUCCUGCUUGUGCUCUUUGUGACUCGCGUUGUCUACGACAUUCUCUCGGCCUUGCACGUCGUCAUCAUCCAGUUCAACUCAGAGACGACCGACGGCGAGUCCCUGGUAGCCGUUGGUGCCUUUUUGGCGUGGGAAGUGGUGCCUAUUGCCAUUGUGCUCAUGCUCUUCCGGCACAUCCCCAAGCCUGCGCCGGCGCUCAAGCUCACCGAGCACAUGCAGGCGAUGGCCUCGCGGAUCGGCCCGGCAUCGACACCGCCCGCCACCUCGCCCAUCUCGGUCUCGGUCAACCACGAGCGCCAGGCCCAUCCGUCAGAGUCGUCGCCGCUGUUGGCAGGCUCGGCGGCGUCACCGUACAACAGCGCCAGCCACGGACCAUCGACCCUGGCUGCUCCGCGUGCCAGCCCCUCGGCUGGCCUCUCGCCAGGCGUGGCGUCGUCUGGCGGCUCGUUCCUCGCAGUCUCGCCCGACCCAGUCCCCAUCGUCCAGCCAAACUCGGCCAUGUCGGCAGCUCUUGCCGGCCCGGUCAGCUCGCCACAGCUGCCUGCAAAUAAUGCAGCCGCUUCGCCCUCCGCUGUCGCCGCCUCGGCUGCUUCCUACACCAUGGCCCGCUCCUCGGACCGAGCUCUGUUUGGUAACCCGAUGCGCUACGACUCGGACGUCGAGGACCACGGUACUGCUGCUGUGGCCUCGAGCAUUGGUUCGACCAACGCGCUUGGCACCUCGAUUCCCGACGGCGGCACCAAGCCAUCGUCGCUCUCGCUCUUCUACGGCCCAGGCUCGGUCACCCCGACACGUCCGUACAUGAUGCUGCACUCUUCAACCUCCCCGCUCUACCCGCCGUCACAGACUACCAACGCCCCGGCACUGUAUCCACCGUCGCUGUAUCCUAAUCCAGCACCACCAGCAUCGUCUGCCACAGCACAACAGCAGCAACAGCAGCAGCAACAACAGCAGCAGCAGCUGCAGCAGCAGCAAUAGUCAUGCCGCAAGGAGAGUCGAUUUAUCGGGACAAGUAGCGUGCUAGCGCUGGCUUCACUCCCACUUCUUCUUGAUCUGGAACGCCCACUCCCACUCGAGGUGGACCUGCUUGUCGUCGUCCAUAAACUUGGAGUACGCCUUGUACUUGCCGCGAGCAAGCAUGCCCGACGGGGCGGUCUCAGUCGGGAACUCAAACUCGAUGACCUC